AUGGAGAAGAACAAACCAGUGAUGCUAACUGGAUUAAUGGACAAUCAUUGGAAGGCUUGCACUGAUUGGGUUAACCCUAAUGGAAAACCUAAUCUCCAAUUUUUCUCCACUCAUUUUGGUUCCUCCAAAGUUCAGGUUGCAGACUGUGAUACCAGAGAUUUUACUGAUAAAAAAAGGGAGGACAUUAAUCAAAUUGGUGUAAGUAAUGGUGACUCUGCAUCUGUACCGUAUUUGAAGGAUUGGCAUUUUGUGAAGGAGUAUCCUGAUUACGUACCAUACAUCACUCCGAUGUUCUUUUGUGAUGAUUGGCUCAACUUGUAUCUCGAUAACUUUAGAAUGAAUACUUAUUCCGACAGAGACCAGCAAAAUAAGGAAAUAUGUUGCUCUGACUAUCGUUUUGUUUACAUGGGAGUAAAAGGAUCUUGGACUCCUCUACAUGCUGAUGUUUUCAGAGCAGCUCCGAAGGCUCUUCAAAUUGAUGAAGAUGGUGAGAAAAUCAGAUAG